AUGAACAGAGGACAGGACGGACCCAGACACCUCCUCCCCACCUCCUCCUCCAUCCAGUACUACACCCACUCCUCCUCCUUCUCCUCCAUCCAGUACUAUACCCACUCCUCCUCUUUCUCCUCCAUCCAGCACUACACCCACUCCUCCUCCUUCUCUUCCAUCCAGUACUAUACCCACUCCUCCUCCUUCUCUUCCAUCCAGUACUAUACCCACUCCUCCUCUUUCUCCUCCAUCCAGUACUACACCCACUCCUCCUCUUCCUCCUCCAUCCAGCACUACACCCACACCUCCUCUUUCUCCUCCAUCCAGUACUAUACCCACUCCUCCUCUUUCUCCUCCAUCCAGUACUAUACCCACUCCUCCUCUUUCUCCUUAAUCCAGUACUACACCCACUCCUCCUCUUCCUCCUCCAUCCAGUACUACACCCCCACCUCCUCCUCUUCCUCCUCCAUCCAGUACUAUACCCACACCUCCUCCUCUUCCUCCUCCAUCCAGUACUACACCCACUCCUCCUCCUUCUCUUCCAUCCAGUACUAUACCCACUCCUCCUCUUUCUCCUCCAUCCAGCACUACACCCCCACCUCCUCCUCUUCCUCCUCCAUCCAGUACUAUACCCACACCUCCUCCUCUUCCUCCUCCAUCCAGUACUACACCCACACCUCCUCCUUCUCCUCCAUCCAGUACUACACCCACUCCUCCUCCUCUUCCUCCUCCAUCCAGUACUAUACCCACUCCUCCUCCUCCUCCUCCUCCUCCAUCCAGUACUACACCCACUCCUCCUCCUUCUCUUCCAUCCAGUACUAUACCCACUCCUCCUCUUUCUCCUCCAUCCAGCACUACACCCCCACCUCCUCCUCUUCCUCCUCCAUCCAGUACUAUACCCACACCUCCUCCUCUUCCUCCUCCAUCCAGUACUACACCCACACCUCCUCCUUCUCCUCCAUCCAGUACUACACCCACUCCUCCUCCUCCUCCUCCUCCAUCCAGUACUAUACCCACUCCUCCUCCUCCUCCUCCAUCCAGUACUACACCCCCACCUCCUCCUCCUCCUCCUCCUCCAGCCCCUCUCGGGUGGAAAGUAACUAA